GAGCCCGAUGCAGGGCUCGAACCCACAGACUGCAAGAUCAUGGCCUGAGCUGAAAUCAAGAGUCAGAUGCUCAACCAACUGAGCCACCCAGCCACCCCUUAGACCCCCAUCAUUUAAAGGCACACACCUACCCAAGUUUUAAUCCUGGAGUUAUAGAAUGGUAAAUCUGGAUCCUCUCAGGUUGCAAAUGCACAAACUGAGACCCAGACAUGGGCAAUCUCGUCCUCCUCCAGGGUCACACCGGUUGGGCCUGGAGUGCCUAUGUAACCAGAUUCUUGCUCACUCUGGGUUGGAUUUUGACACUGUUGACAAAAGUCAUGAUUUUGACACUGUUUGACAGAAGUCAUGACUUGAGCCCCUACUAAGUACAGGGCUCUACCAGAUGUUGCAGAUGCCGAGAGAGCUGCCCUCAAGAGCUUUUGGCCAGACAGGUAAUUACUACCCACUACAGGGGGAACUACAGUUGCUGGAAUCAGUGAGUUUGCCUCAAGACUGCGAAACUUUACAAAGUGCUCCCCUUGAUGGAAGGGGGCCCUGCCUGCAGAAACACCCAGAUGCCCAGCAGUCAAUCCAUGGUGAAGAAAUCAAAGAUGAGAGGCCAGGGAGUGAGGGAACAGGGUUGCCAGUUGGGCACACCCGACGCCCCUCCCAGAAACUUCCCAAGGAACAAGCCCAGAAAUUGGGCCUCUGCUGCCCUCUAAUGGAGGAAAGCCAGACUCUAGAGCUGCCUACCGGGGCCCAGCCGUCCUGGCUCUCCUAAAGAAAAGGGGACGUGAAGGACCUUCCUGCCCCCAGAAUUUUUAUUCCCCUAGAGUCUCGAGCUUCAUUUCCUACAGCCUCAGAAGCUGAAACUUCUGUCCUUCCAAGUGCCUCUGGCCAUCUUGUUUCCCGAUCACCACCCUCCAUCCUGUUUCCCCAGUUUCCUUUGUUGCCCAGGUUCUGAUUCUGGUACCCUGGUUCCCGGCCCUGCCAGAGUUCUGGUUCCAGAAGGCCCUUGCCAGGUGCCUUGGGACUAGCUCCCACCUGGGAGCAAGGCAGCGCUGAAGACAUGGGCAUGAGCGUCCCCCAGUGCCUGGGGCAACUGCACAUCCGCAAGAGCGUAGUGGGCUUGGCCACAGGUGCUGGGUUCAUCUACCUGCUCUACAAGGCCAUCAAGGCUGGCAUAAAAUGCCAACCGCCCCUCUGCACCACCUCACCAAUCUGCAUCGCCCGUGAGUGUCCGGGCCCUGGGGAGAGGGCUCUGCCCCAGGAGGCACCUGCUCCCGAGGCCUCCAGUGUGGGAGGGCCCAAAGGCCUGGCAAUCGAGCGAGAGCGGCACGGGCGGGACUCAGGUGAGCUCCGGAGGCUCCUCAACUCUCUGGAGUGCAAACAGGAUGAGUACGCCAAGAGCAUGAUCCUGCACAGUAUCACGCGCUGUGUGUACUUGCUGGAGGCCGAGGCCUCUGCUUGUACUACUGAUGACGUCGCAUUGGUGGGCUCCAUGCUGGAUGACAAGGACAACAGUGUCAAAAUCCAAGCUCUGAACACACUUAAAGCUUUCUCUGGCAUCAGAAAAUUCAGGCUUAAAGUCCAGGAACACUCCAUCAAUGUCCUGGAACUGAUCGCCAGCAUCUGGGAUUCGGAGCUGCACAUUGCAGGCCUCAGACUCCUCAACAACCUCCCACUGCCUGACUAUGUGCAUCCACAGCUGAGACGGGUGAUGCCUGCCUUGAUGGAGAUCCUGCAGUCGGACUAUAUCCUGGCACAGGUGCAAGCCAUUCGAUUGCUGAGCUACCUGGCACAGAAGUAUAAUCUUCUCUAUGAUAUUCUCAACUGCCAGGUGCAUGCCAACUUCCUGAACCUGUUUCAGUCCACACAGCCAGGGAGUCUGCUGUUUGAGGUCCUGGUGUUUGCCGAGCGGCUAAGUGAGGGCCGGAAUUCACCCCACUACCGUGCCGUGAAGUGGCAUUACAACGAACAGUCGCUGCACGAAGCUCUUUUUGGGGAUGAGUCACGACUGGCAGACCGGCUGCUCGCUCUGGUCAUCCACCCUGAGGAGGAGGUUCAGAUCCAGGCCUGCAAGGUCAUAGUCAGCCUGCAGUGCUCCCAGGAUGUGGGAGUCCGGCCCUCCGUCUGCCAGCCCAGCCGUUCCUACUUUAAUAGCGGGGAAUAAAAUUAAGGAGAGCCAAUAAAUGACUAUGGGAGAAAAGCGUGA